AUGUCACAACAAAGUCAGCUCAUUGCGGGUUCAUUUAAUCUCGCUCAAAGUGGUCGUUCAUCUCAUCAAGUGUCUCAACAGGAAUGGCUAUUCAUCGACGAGUCCUCUACAAUAGCAUCACCUAAACCUAAAAGACCUUGUGACCUCUCAAAUCUUUUAGUUAUCGUUCCAUUUCCUCCAAGAGUUGAUCCAUCAGACCUUAUAAGGCGUAAUAAACACGGAGAAUUACUUGCUCGUUCUACUAAUAAAUUUUUAAUUUAUCGUAACGAAUUUGCAAAACAACUUCACUCACAAGGAUAUAGACUUUCAAUGCGAGAAGUUUCAAAAAUGGCAUCGAAAGCUUGGAAAAAAGAAGAAAGGAGAGUUAAAAGAAAAUAUGAAGAAAUCGCACGAGAAGUUGAAAGAAUUCACGUACGAUUGGCGAUGUCUGAUAAUUCUAAACAAGAAUUAAAAAAUAAAAAUAAAUUUAACGGGGAUCGUGUUGCGAAACAAACAACAACAAAUGAACAUGAAAAGAUGCAACAACAAUUCUAUGAUAAGAUAAGACUUAAGCAAGAAACACAAAAUGAGAUGGAUGUUUCGACUAAUGUUCCCUGUCCAGUUUUUCGUGAGAAUGAUGAUCCU